AUGUCCAACAUGGUAGACAAGGUCGAUGUUCUCAUCAUUGGUGCAGGUCCGGCAGGGCUGACAGCAGCAAACUGUUUCAAUGGUAGUGGUUUGCGUGUGCGAGUCAUCGAUAAAAAGUCCGGAACUGUGCAGACUGGGAAAGCAGAUGGACUGAAAAGUAUCUCUCUGGAAGUCUUGGAUACAUUUGGGAUUGGUGAUGUUAUCCGCAAUGAGUCUCAUCGAGUAGAAGAGGUGGUUCUCUGGGAGCCUGACGGUCAAGAGGGAGUCAGGCGGUCCAUGACUAUACCAGACCGAGUCCCAGAAUUGGGGAAGCCCAGGGAGAUGACAUUGGAUCAAGGUCGAAUUGAGCACCAUAUGGUAGAAAACCUCAUUCGCAACGGAAACGUGGGAAUUUCCUGGGAGACGCAGCCGGUCGACCUGCAGAUCAACCGCCAAUCGAUUGGAGACCCGCUUGCAUCUCCAGUCACUGUGCUGGUCAGAAAGAACGAACAAACAGAAACCAUUCAGGCUCGCUAUGUGGUUGCUUGUGACGGGGCUCGCAGCUGGACUAGGAAACAUCUUAACAUCCCCCUGACUGGGGAUAUCACAGAUUCAACAUGGGGGGUCAUGGAUGCCGUACCGAAGACCAACUUCCCCGAUAUCCGCAAGGUAUGUGUGGUUCAUUCGGCGAAGGGCACAGUCAUGGCGGUCCCACGCGAGAAAAAGCUAGUCCGGUUCUAUAUAGCGAUGGAUGGAACUGGUCUCGAUGUUGCAGCUGCGUUGAACAAAUCUACCUUGACCGUCGACCAUGUAGUGGAUGCUGCGCGCUCCAUUUUCCAUCCAUAUACCUUCGAGGUGGGCGAGGUGGCCUGGUGGUCUGCCUACCAGGUUGGCCAGCGCGUCGCAGACGAAUUCUCCAGAGAUGAUCGUGUCUUUCUCGCUGGUGAUGCAGUUCAUACACAUUCCCCCAAAGCAGGCCAGGGAAUGAAUACCAGCAUCCAAGAUGCUUACAACAUCGGAUGGAAACUACGUUUCCAUCUCGAGCAGUCUUGUUCAAGAUCUCUCCUGACGACCUAUGAACAGGAAAGAAGACCUAUCGCACAACAGCUGAUUAACUUCGAUCGCGAAUACCUCGAGUUAUUUGCCAAUCCGAAUCUGGACUUCGAUGGUUUCUUGGCCGCGAAUUCAAUAUUGUCCUUCUUCGAUCGUACAACCACCUGUGGUGGGGAGGCAGGCGUCGUGGCCAAGGCUCUCUCACCCGGGAUGCGACUGCCCGAUUUCCAGAUGGUGAAUCAGGCUGACGGAGUGCCAACCACCCUCUAUCAUCGACUCGUGAUGAACGGACGAUUCCGAAUUCUGGUUUUUGCGGGAGACAUUUCGAAAAAGCAUAUAUUCCAGAGAUUGUUGAAGUUCGGGCAGUGGUUGACGGGUUUCAUGCGAAUGCAUCAAAGCGCCGAGGCUAUCACUAUUCACUCGGCUAAACGAGCCAGCAUCGAACUUAUGAACUUGCCUGAGGUAUUCCAUCCUUGGGACGAUCAGGAUGGCUGGGACUACUGGAGAGUUUAUACCGAUGAUGAGAGUUAUCACGAUGGCCACGGAGAGGUCUAUGAGCGUUGCGGAAUUGAUCGAGAUGUGGGCUGUGUGGUAGUAAUCCGCCCGGAUGGCUAUUGUAGCCUCCUCUGUAAGAUGGAUCAGACAAACCAGAUCACGGACUUGUUCGACGGCCUUCACUCCAUGGAUUCGGGGAGGGUCACUCGCACUGCCAGACUCUAA